AUGCCCGCCGCCCUCCGCACACCCGGGGCGCGUCCCGCCUCGCGCGCCCUGCCGCCGCCGUUUGCUGCUGGCAGCCGCACGCAGCGCCGCGUCGCGUGCGGUUCAGCCCAGCCAGCCGCGGGCGUGGGCAUCUUCCCCGCCGGGCAGCGGCAGGCGCGCGUCGACCUGCCGGCCCUGAUGGUGGAGAUCCGCGCAGACGCCUUCGCCUCAGACCCCCGCGCCGCAGCCGCCGGCGUCAACGCCGCCGUGACCGCGGGCGCGACGGCGGUCGUGCUGGGCGCGGGCAGUGGCGACGGCGGCGCGGCGGCGCUGUACGAUGCGGCCGUCCAGCUCAAGGAGCUGCUGCGUGGCCGCGCGGCGCUGCUGCUGCUCGACCGCACAGACAUUGCAUCCGCGGUGGAUGCUGAGGGCGUGGUGCUGUCCGCGGCGGCGUGGGAAAGGCUGGAUUUUGGGGGCUGA